CAACUUGCUUUAGGAUUAGCCUCCAUCCCUCUGGACCCCAAACAGUGGAGCUGCGCCUCGGGUCGUCUGGCUCUACAAUACACGCGUAGGGUCGUUUCUGCUAAGGCUCAGCCGUUUGCUCUAGCCUCGGACUAAACUCAUUAAGUUGGGAGUUGUUGUUAUGUUGGUUGUUUUUUUUUCUUCUUCAAUUGGACGGGUGUUUUUAAAGUCUUGUCUUUCCAGCCCCAAACAAGGUGUAACAAGGCACUCUUCCUUCUAAGGAAUGAGAUGAGAGACAAGAAUCACUCUAGACAUCUCCUACCUACGGUUUGGGUUUUUUUUUUUUUUCUUAAAGGCGAGGCUCGCAUUCCUCAGCAGCUGUGUUACAAAGCUCCCUGAAAACCUUGUCUCUCUAAAGUUAGUGUGCAGGCUUUUUCAACGCUGAGAACACCUAAUACAUAGGCAAGCACUUCUCAGAGGUGGAUGUGGGUUUUUUCCCCCCAUUACCUUUUCUCUUGUUCCCUGCGGGCUGUGCCUACUUUUCUUUUCUUUUCUUUUCUUAUUUUUUUUAAAUCAGUUUGCACAAUCGCUUAGAUAAACACCGAGGAAGAGAUCCUCUUUAAUUAUCAAAGUCACAUCUUUUUUUUUUUUUUCCCUCCUGGGGGCCAACAAAGCAUUUUAUUCCACCCACCCCGGCCAAACUAAAGGAGAGUCAUUCCAGUUUAAAAGGAAGAUGCAAGCGGUCUGGGACCUUGAACAAGGCAAAUAUGGUUUUGCGGUGCAAAGGGGCAGGAUGCCACCCACCCAGCCGACCCACGGGCAGUUCGCGCUGACCAACGGGGACCCCCUGAACUGCCACUCGUACCUGUCCGGAUAUAUUUCCCUGCUGCUUCGAGCCGAGCCCUACCCCACGUCCCGCUUCGGCAGCCAGUGCAUGCAACCCAACAACAUCAUGGGCAUCGAGAACAUUUGUGAACUGGCCGCAAGGAUGCUGUUCAGCGCCGUCGAGUGGGCCCGGAACAUCCCUUUCUUCCCGGACCUGCAGAUCACGGACCAGGUGGCCCUCCUGCGCCUCACCUGGAGCGAGCUGUUCGUGUUGAAUGCGGCCCAAUGCUCCAUGCCCCUCCACGUCGCCCCGCUCCUGGCCGCUGCAGGCCUGCACGCAUCGCCCAUGUCAGCCGACCGAGUGGUCGCCUUUAUGGACCACAUACGGAUCUUCCAAGAGCAAGUGGAGAAACUCAAGGCGCUGCACGUCGACUCGGCUGAGUACAGCUGCCUGAAGGCCAUAGUCCUCUUCACCUCAGAUGCCUGUGGUCUGUCUGAUGUAGCCCACGUGGAAAGCUUGCAGGAAAAGUCCCAGUGUGCUUUGGAAGAGUAUGUUAGGAGCCAGUACCCCAACCAGCCAACGCGAUUCGGAAAGCUUUUGCUUCGCCUGCCCUCUCUGCGCACGGUGUCUUCCUCAGUCAUAGAGCAAUUGUUUUUCGUCCGUUUGGUAGGUAAAACCCCCAUCGAAACCCUCAUCCGGGAUAUGUUACUUUCCGGCAGCAGUUUUAACUGGCCGUAUAUGGCAAUUCAAUAAAUAAAUAAAUCAAAAUAAGAAGGGAGAGUGAAAACACGCAGAAAGAAAAGGCAAAAGACUGGUUUUGUUUGCUUAAUUCCCUUCUGUUCAGAAAGGAGGUAAAAGGAUGUUACAAGUUUGCUUAAAAAAAUGAAGAGAGGGGAAGAAAUUAAUGGACUGUGAAUUUCAAAAAAAAAAGACUGUCAUGAACUUUUACAGAAUGCAUUGAAAAAAACUCUUGUGUUGGUCAGAACAACUUGCUACUUAUCAUUUUUGUAUAAAAAAGGAAAUUAGUCUUUUUUUUCUUUUUUGGUAAUUUUUUUUGAAAACUAUUGCUAAAAGUGCAUUUAAGGAAAUUGGGAGAAAAUUAGCAGAAUGGAGAAAGUAAGUCUUUUUUUUUCCAAAUUAUUAAUUGUCCUGUGUCUAUGUAUCUCUAGCUGUUUUUUUUUUAAAUUUUUUUGUACUUUUCUGGUUCCAAACCAGUUUAUUCUGUGGUUCUAUAAUAAGUUUUGAUAUAAUCUUGGCUUCUAAAAAAAAACUGUGUAUCAUUAAAAUAUAUGUUCUGCAAGAAUUAAAACUGAGUCCAUGAAAAAUAUCAUAGGAAGACAUAAAACGUUUAAAAGACAACUCAGAGGCUGGAAAUGCACUUACAAGAGGUGGCCAAAAAAUUGUAGGUGAAAUUAAGCACUCUAAUAAUUAGGAAACCGAAGGAACCACUCACCACAUUUAACUUUCCCCUGCCCCCCCCUCCUAUGCCAUGAUAAACCUAGCUUUUUAAAAAGAAAGAGAAUGAACUGUGGAAUUUAUUGGUAGUCCAGGAGUGUGUCCAAGACACAGGCUGAGGUUUUGAAUUUAAAAACAAAAAGUGAACUUUUGUAAUUUGAAUUGGGUCUCCCCCCUUCCCUUAGUUCUUGAAUUGUUAUGAAAAUCCUAUAAUCUGUUUGUAUAUUUGCAAGCCCUUUGUAUUAUAAUUGUUGAUAUUUUUCCCUUUUUAAAAAAAUACCAUUGAAAUCAGCAUGACAAAAUAACACUGUUGGCACUUAUAGGUAACGUGACUGAGUAUCUUAGAGUUUACAGUUUGUGUUUUUGAAAAAAAAAACUGAAGGUUUUUUUUUUAAGUGCAACAUUUCUGUAUACUGUAAAAGUUAUAAUAACUGAACUGUUUGGUCGAGUCUUUGUGUGUUAUAUUCCAAGGAAAAUUGAAAGUAUUCAGAAAUUAAAAUAUUAUUUGAUAUCUGAAA